AUGGAGAUCAUUUACAGAAAUGUAACGAACACUUAUUUCGAUUACCGAAGGGAGAUAAAAAAGAAAAGGAAUAGAUUCAAAUUGUCUGCAUAUGAACAGCUCAAUGACGUCAAUGAUGAUGACUCAGGUAAGGAGAAUCUUCUAAAUAGAAAUAAAGAUAUUGAGAUGCAAGAGCAUAGUUUACUACCUCCAGCUUGGAUUGAAAAAGUAGAAGAGUGCUCAGAAGAGAUAAGAAAUAUAAGAUCAAAGUUAGUAGAACUUGAAAAGAAAAAAAAAAAAAAAAAACUUUUAAAUGUUUUAAAUGACGAUCAGAUGAUCGUGGAAGAAAUUGCAGAAAUGUGUACUGAAAUAACACUUUUAAUAAAAAAUUGCGAGAGUAAAAUUCAAGGAAUUGCAUGGGAUGAAACAGAAGAGGGGGGAGAAAUAUCCAACGAUUUGCAAAACAUAGAUCGAUCUUCAGAGAAAUUAUCACUUCACACCAUGCAGCGUAACUCAAAUAACAUAAUUGCAAAGUUAAAAAUGAACGCAAAAAAAAGCCUGAUUUCACAACUUAAAUCAAUAUCACAUACAUUUCAUAAUAGACAAAAAAAAUACAUAAAUGAUUUUAAAAAGUUAUCCAAUGAAUGUAACGAUUAUGUAGAGAAUAUUGAAAUCGGAGUUAUCGAAAAUUCACAACAACAUGAAUUAACUUAUGAGGAAAAUAAAGAUCUUACUUGUUUAAAUAUCGCUAAACGAAAUACAGAUUUGAGAAAAAUCUCCAAUACUGUCAUAGAUUUGCAUCAUAUUUUUAAAGAGCUCUCUGUAAUGUUAGUUGAUCAAGGUUCCAUGUUAGAUCGGAUUGAUUAUAACUUGGAUUUAUCCAUUGAUAAAUGUGAAAAAGGAUUGAAUAAAUUAAAAAUCUUCCAAAAAAAGGAGGAUGACAAACUGGCUGCAAAAUGUGUCUCUUUCCUUACUUCUUUAAUUUUUGUUUUGUUAGUGCUCAUCAUUUUGAAGCAUUCAUAUUGA